AAGCAGGAUCAAGUUCUAAUACUCAAGAAGAACAAAAAAAGAAAUUAAUUUUAAUGAUAGAUGAAUUAAUAAAAUGGUUAUCAAAGCCGAAAAUAAAAAACAAUAAAAAAAUUAGAUCAAAGCAUAUACCUAAAAACAAUAAAGAAUGGUAUGAUUUAAUGGAAAUAGAUAACGAAAAAGAUAGCGAACCAAGUGAUUCAGAAUAUGAUACUGCUGAAGAAGAACCAGAUAUUCAUUUAGAAAAAAUCAAGGAUCCAUACAUUAAUAGAAUAGCAGAAGCCAGAAAAUUUAAUGAAGGUAAGGUAUGUGAUUAUUAUGCAUUUGUACCAAAAGGAUACUAUGCCGAGGGUGAGCCAUUAGCUUUCUUCGAAUCAAUCGAAGAAAAAAUUGCAGAUAUUUAUAAAAAAGAAUUGGUUCUUAAGGGUGGAUUAAAGCAUGAAACUAUAGAAAUUAUUAGAGAAGAUCGAAUCAAUGCAACUAUAGAAAAAGGAUAUAAUAAAAUUAUAGAUCAAAUAGAAGGCAAGUCUUUUGUUCGAGCAGAAGAAGUAUUUCUUGAAAUAAGCACAUUCAGACCAUUACAAGGUAGUAGUUGGCUAUCUUUACCAGAAGAUUUAGAUAAGCCAUAG